AUGGUACGGUUCCUAGAUCUUCCCCGCGAAUUGCGCGAUGCGAUAUAUACAGAGCUGCUUUUAUCCUGUCGACCUUCUCCAAGUCUGAAGGACACACAAUCAGCAACUGGCUGGUGCCGCGUACGGGAACCCGAGGGGCCGUGGGAAAAUGGCUGUUUAAUCGCAUCACAGGGCACACCGCCCACCUGUGCUAGCUUCCUGGCAUGCAACCGUCAAAUUAAUGAGGAACUGAUGCAAAUCAUUGCAAGAGCGAACCGGAAAUGGGGGCUUGCUGCAUGCAUGGACUGUGUGGAAAUUGAUGGAACACAUUACUUCACUUGGCUUUCCCUGCCACUCGUCAGGACAAAAAAGAACAAGUCGCCCAGAAACGGAGAUGAGGAUAGGCACGUGUGGCUUAGUGGGUUCCUAUCAAGCUGGGCGUCUCUGUUUCUUGGUCGUGGAAUGUAUCACCACGUUGUCGGCAACGUCGCGAAGACACCAGCCUACACAACGAGUAUUGAGCAGCUACGGAUAGACAUUCGCCUCUUUACACCAGCCGAGACAGGCGGACUCCCUCCUCAUGAUCAAACUGCAUGGGAGAUAUGCGCAGUCCUCAAGCAUAUAUUCGAGCAAGGUCCGGACCCCAUUCAUAGGAGUCGAAAGGUAGCAUUUAUUGACGAAGUCGUCUUGAAUUUGCUGCCUGCAUGCCUAUUGGGCACUACUUCCCAGACUUCCAGUCCAGAUGGUAGCAAUGAUAUGGAUCACGAUAUGUACUUCAAACCAGAGAGCCCUAUUGUCAUUAUUAGCCACGAGUUGGUCAACAUCUGGCAAAAGAUCUGGACUGCGAACGACUUCAACACGGUUGAUUAUCAGGCACGUUACUAUCGCAUGCUACUAGAGAAGAUCAACAGAGUCCGCGUCUGUGUAGAUGGAAAGACUUUCAAGACGAGAGAAUUGGCUGUCGAGCUAGAAAGAGGAAGAGCCGAGAUGAGGAGAAUCGAGAGGAGGUAG